GCUUGUGAAGUCUGGGAGGAGAUCAAUCCGCAGAACCUCGCGCUCCUAUGCUCGCCUCUAACCUCGUUUCUGUCGGAAGAAUUUUCGCACACUUUGUGACGCUACGAAAGGCGUGUCACGAGGAAUAUGUGAGAAUGCUUUUUAGCCCGGGCGUUUCGAUGAUUUUCAUAGAACAUCUCUUCGUCGAAUAUAAAAAGUUGAAAAGAAACGCGUUUAUUUUUGUGGGCUGGGGAAAAAGUGGUAGAAAAAUGAGUUAACCGAGGACCGCGCGAGCUGAUUCAAGACGCAACGGUAGUUACAGAUCUUACGGUGAAGCUUCGUCGCGUCCCUCCACCACUCCCGACGAAGCUGCUGCGAAGUCGAAAAAAGAAGCUCUGAUCGAGGCAGCUUGAUGAUCGGCCGACUUCAGGCAGGAUGAAGUGUCACUCGAUAAAACUUUCCGUCCGGAAUGUACCGAUUGAAUAAUCCCGCGAAUGAAGCAACGAGGUUAUGUCCCGCGAGGAGGACCGACCUACCUCCGGGGGACAACAAAAGUCCAUUAAGCGCGCCACAGUGCCGGUUCUCGUGAAAUUUUUGAUCGGUGGAUUGGCAGGAUCGACCGGGCAAAUAGCGACGCAUCCGCUGGACGUCAUCAAAAUUUGCAUGCACACGACGCACGCUCCGUUCUUUUUAACGACCAAAGACAUCUUCCUGUGCUCCGGAUAUCGAGGCUUCUACGUUGGCCUGACGGCGGCUUUGUUACGACAAGUUACAUAUUCGACCACUAGAUUGGGCAUUUACGGAACUAUGCUUGACUGUUUGCGAGAACGUUGCGGUCCUUUGAAUUAUUCCACUCUCAUCGGUCUCGGAACGAUCGCCGGCGUCGUCGGGGCUUGGGUCGGCACGCCAGCAGAUUUAGUGAUGGUUCGAAUGAUAACGGACGCCAAAAACCCGCUGGGAAAACAACGAUGUUACAGGAACGCUGUUGUCGGAUUAUCUACGAUUUUCAAGGACGAAGGCACCCUCCGACUGUGGCGGGGCGCUGUUCCUACGAUGACCAGAGCCGCUAUCGUCAAUGGGGUACAAUUGGCUACUUAUUCUCGAACGAAAAUUCACCUCAAAGAUACGAACUUAUUCGCCGAGGGCAUGAUUCUCCAAUUCUGCGCUUCGAUGAUCUCCAGCAUGGUCACCUGUGUCGCCUCGAUGCCGGUCGACACGGCAAAGACAGAAAUCCAAAGCUGGCACAGUCCCAAAAAGCCACCAGGAAUGUGGAAAGUUUUCGUGAGAAUGGCAAGAACCGACGGUUUCUUCAGUUUAUGGCGAGGACUCGUGCCCUACUAUUUGAGAGCCGGACCCAACACCGCCAUCACGAUGAUAACGAUGGACCAGCUCGGGAGUCUUUACACUUCUGUAUUCACAUCAAUAAACGUUUCUUGAAUGGAGGAGCAA